CGCUGCAGUAACUGCUGCCCUUGGUCGACGCCCUGAGGGUCGCUUGGCUUCCGCACCCGUCAGGGGACAUUGAGCUCUCUGAAUAUUAUCCCAGCAUCUCUGGAUAAAAAUCUGUAUUCUAGUCUGAACUGUGGGAAGAAAGGAUUGUUGAUCUGUGGUUUUCCUGCUUGAAGGAUACAAUGUUUUCCAAACUAGCACAUUUGCAGAAGGUUGUUGUGCUUCCUCGUGGAGUUCAUUCUUCAGUGGCUUCUGCCACAUCUGUUGCAACUAAAAAAACAGUCCAAGGCCCUCCAUCCUCUGAGUACAUUUUUGAAAGGGAAUCUAAAUAUGGUGCUCAUAACUACCAUCCUUUACCUGUAGCCCUGGAGAGAGGAAAAGGUAUUUACCUAUGGGACGUAGAAGGCAGAAAAUAUUUUGACUUCCUGAGUUCUUAUAGUGCUGUUAACCAAGGGCAUUGUCAUCCAAAGAUUGUGAACGCUUUAAAGAGUCAAGUGGACAAAUUGACUUUAACAUCUAGGGCUUUUUAUAAUAAUGUACUUGGUGAAUAUGAGGAGUACAUUACUAAACUUUUCAACUACCACAAAGUUCUUCCUAUGAAUACAGGAGUAGAGGCUGGAGAGACUGCCUGCAAACUAGCUCGGAGGUGGGGCUAUUCCGUGAAGGGAAUUCAGAAAUACAAAGCAAAGAUUGUUUUUGCAGCUGGAAACUUUUGGGGUAGGACUUUGUCUGCUAUCUCCAGUUCCACGGACCCAACCAGUUAUGAUGGUUUUGGACCAUUUAUGCCAGGAUUUGAAAUCAUUCCAUAUAACGAUCUAUCUGCAUUAGAGCGUGCUCUUCAAGACCCAAAUGUCGCCGCGUUUAUGGUUGAGCCAAUCCAGGGUGAAGCCGGAGUUGUUGUCCCUGAUCCAGGCUACCUAAUGGGAGUACGGGAACUCUGCACCAGGCACCAGGUUCUGUUUAUUGCCGAUGAAAUACAGACAGGAUUGGCCAGAACUGGUAGAUGGCUGGCUGUUGAUCAUGAAAACGUCAGACCUGAUAUAGUCCUUCUUGGAAAGGCCCUUUCUGGGGGCCUAUACCCUGUCUCUGCGGUGUUGUGUGAUGAUGAAAUAAUGCUGACCAUCAAACCAGGGGAACAUGGGUCCACGUACGGGGGCAACCCGCUGGGCUGCCGGGUGGCUAUUGCAGCCCUUGAGGUUUUGGAAGAAGAAAAUCUUGCAGAAAAUGCAGACAAAAUGGGUACUGUCUUGAGAAAUGAACUCAUGAAGCUACCUGCUGAUAUCGUCACUGCCGUAAGAGGAAAAGGAUUACUAAAUGCUAUUGUUAUUAAAGAAACAAAAGAUUAUGAUGCUUGGAAGGUGUGUCUGCGACUCCGAGAUAAUGGACUUCUGGCCAAGCCAACCCAUGGUGACAUCAUCAGGUUUGCACCUCCACUAGUGAUCAAGGAGGAUGAGAUUCAAGAAUCCAUUGAAAUCAUUAACAAGACCAUCUUGUCUUUUUGAGGGCUCCUGCUGGAGGGAGCCUGCUGGAAAUGUGGUCUAAAAGCUCUGCUUUUAAUGCAGGCACAUUUCACUCCUACAUGUCUUCAAAGACUUUUUUUGAACUAUAUAUUUUUUUCAGUUGAUACAUAAUAGAAUGACAUUUAUGAGCCUGCAGUUUGCUGUGUAACAUAAUAAGAGAAUGUAAUGGCAUCUGUCUUCAGUGUAAUGUUUUUAUGUGCAUAUAAUCUAUAUAUAGACAGCCAUUAAAUCAAGUCCUUUGGUAUAAUUUAUAUACGUUUUUAUAAUUUCUUUGCUGGUAUAAAUAUUUCAUAUUUGAAAGAGUUAUCUUUGAGCUAUUACAUAAAGGACUUGAUCAACCUUAUAAAGUCAAAUCAUUAUGUAGUUGACUGCAAAAGUACAGUUAGAAUGAACAAUACUUGAUAGCACAAAAAGGUGACUGUAAUCAACAGUAAGUUAGGGCAUGGUUUAAAAUAACUAAAUGAGUAGAAUUGGAAUGUUCCUAACACAAAG